AUGUCGCGUGCCGUUUUACAAGACUCGGCAGACACCGGUAUCACAUCCGCCGAGAACUAUACAGAUACCUUUCAAAGCGCCGAAAGCUUAGCAGUUAGAAGAAUUAACGGAUGCUUGGGUUCCACAAAUAUGGAGCAGACUCCUUUCACACUGAGCGAGACCGACUCUUAUAGUGAACCUAGGAUUACGAUUGAUACGGGAGACCCAUUCUCACACUUUCAAUUCGACAAUAUAGACAAUAUAGGCCUGUCAACUUUUCGACCCCCAGAUCUAGCUUUGGGCUUAGAUGUACAUUUAAUUGGUUCUUUCGAACCAGUCUCCUCACCUUCAACCCUUCCAGCAACCCACAACGAAGUUAAGGAGAACAAGUCCACAAGUUCAAAUUCCAUUGACGCACAGAUUCAAGAUCUAGCCCAACUCAAUCUACCAGUCUUACAGUCUUCAAGAGAAGUCGAGCGGGACCUAGCAACGACGCAGCUUUCGAUAUCUUCACCAAGUUUCAACGGUAUAUUUGAGGCUACGGGAAACUUCAUAGCAAUUUAUCGUCAAGUUUCGGAAUAUCAGCUCGAUCGAUCCUUGUUUAAUUACAUGUUUACUUCUCAUUCUAGUUACUCGCUACUGAGCGAGCUAGAUCCCUCAAGCCCAAUAAAUUGUAGAAGCAACAAAUCCUCGAUCGACACAAGCUUACAACCAGACAGUGGUGUGCUACUAAUGAUGCUCGCCUUCCACCACAGGUUGACGAGUAUCUUUGAAACUACAUGCUCUUCAAUCUAUCGUCACUUACUGUCGACGGAUAUCCAUACCAAUGUCACACGGUCUAACACGGAACAUCUCAAGAAUACACCACAAAGUGAUGGGCAUAGACAACCAAAUAGUUGGACUCACCAAAGCUUACCAUUUCCAGCCACAACAUUCGGUCCUAACGAUACUUAUGACUGGUCGCUACCUUCAACUGCACAAAUUGUGAUUCUAGUUAGAUUAAUCCGUCAUCUAGCCAAUAGAAUGAACUGGGUGCUAAGGCCAUUCAUCGAUUAUCCCAUGAAGCCCAAUACCAUACCUUCUCAGAUCCCCAACACGCUUCCUGUUGGAGAUUACUCCAUCCCAGUAUCCCGGGACAUAGGAAAUGGACAGGACCCGAGCAGAGUGUUCGAAUAUUUGGAAAGCAGUAGGAGUAUAAACAAUUCGAUAGAGCUAGGAAGGAAGAUGAGAGAUCUACGUUGGCUACACUCGUAUAUUGAUCGUAUCGAAAGAUUGAUUGAGCGCUCAGACCGUGUGUAA